GCCCCGGACGCCCAGACCCUCCCGGUGUCCUGCUGCAGCAUUUACGCCUCUCACACGAGUACGGUUUUGGGUCUUUCAUGGUGCGGGCUUGUGAGAGAAAAAUGAAGUUCUUGGUGGCGGUUACGAUUAUUGUUGCGUCGGUGUUUUUCCUGUUGUUACCCAACGGCUCUCAGGCCGAUGAGAAGAAGAAAGGGCCCAAAGUCACGGCCAAGGUAUAUUUCGAUAUCCGAGUUGGAGAUGAGGACAUAGGACGCAUUGUCAUUGGACUGUUCGGAAAAACCGUCCCAAAGACUACUGAGAAUUUCCUCGCCUUGGCUACAGGAGAAAAAGGAUUUGGUUACAAGGGCAGCAAGUUCCACCGUGUGAUUAAGGACUUCAUGAUUCAAGGAGGCGACUUCACCAGAGGAGAUGGAACUGGUGGAAAGAGCAUCUAUGGUGAUCGCUUCCCUGAUGAGAACUUCAAGCUGAAGCACUAUGGACCAGGAUGGCUGAGCAUGGCCAAUGCAGGCAAAGACACUAAUGGAUCCCAGUUCUUCAUUACCACCGUGCAGACGCCAUGGCUCGAUGGGAAACAUGUCGUCUUUGGAAAGAUCUUGGAGGGGAUGGAUGUGGUGAGAAAGAUUGAAGGCACAAAAACGGACGGCAGGGAUAAACCUCUAAAAGACGUCAUCAUCCAUGACUCUGGCAAAAUCGAGGUGGAAAAACCUUUUGCUGUUGCAAAGGAGUAAAAUCUCCCUGUAUGGGAGAAACAGGACUGUGGGGUUCUAGGGUUUUAGCAUGUAUGUCUGGUACUGCUAAUAUAGUGUGUGUGCGUGUACGCGUGGUGCUUAAACCCAGCCCGCCUCAAACUACAAACAUCUGUAGCGGUCCACCUUGGGUCCAUUUUGAAGAGGCAUUCCACUCAAUGACCAACUUAACACCUGCUUUUUGUAAACAAAUCUUCAAUAAAGGAUCCAGGUUUUUGUU